AUGGCUUCUCAGGCGGCAAGGAAGGCAAUCCACCUCCAGAAGCUACACAACCAUCUCAAACACAACAACACCCACCUUGUCAUCGUCAGUGCUGACAAUCUUCGUGUGAGCCAAAUUCAGGCCAUAAGGCAAGGACUGCGACCCCACUCAUCUGUCGUAAUGGGUAAGAAUUCUUUCAUGAGGCGCUCACUCGAGAUCCAUGCCCCAUCUGCCGGAAAACCCGCUUUUGUUGGCGCAGUUCCUCAUAUUAACGGCAAAGUUGGGUUGAUUUUGACCGAUUGUGACCCAGAGGAAGUGAGUGAAAUGGUUGCGGGAUAUAAGUUGCAGCCGCUGGUUGAAGAUAAAUUUCAGAAUAAUAAGGAGAUCGAUAAGUUGUUUAUGUGCAUACUUAUUUUCAAAUCAUUGCAGCUAAGCAAAUUAUAUUACAAUUCAGUUGAUACGGUUUUUAAGUAG